GAAAGAUAACAGAGUUUCAGACAAACUGAACGAUCACAAGAGAUAAACACACAAGCUGCAAGUGACCAAAACAACCUGGUAUAGGAGACCAAAGCAAAAACAGAGAUAUAUCUGAUCUUAUGAUGCAACCUUUAACAUUCAGCCUCUUUCUAUUCUUCAUCCACGCACUUGUGGCGUCUACUGCUAAAGGAGGUGAUGAAGCUGUCAUUGGGCCACAGUCUGUUGAGAGUACCUCAGCACCAGAAGUAUUUCAUGAGGCUAUACAAUGUCCAACAUUAAGUAUAACACCAACUUCAAACACAGAAACAAAUGCAAAGAAGGAUAUAAAAAAUACAGAAAAAGAGAUUCUAUCAUCUAAAGAGGGCGCACAUGGAACACCAACAUUUAUGGAAGAGACCAAAGUGAAUUCAAAAGUAGAGGUGAAAGAGACAACAAAAGAAAAAGAUGAUACAGAGACAAAAAAUGUCACGUUCCAUAAAGAAGAAAAAGAUUGCUCACUAGUUGUAACUAGCGAGAUCAAUCGAUUUGAAGAUUUAGGAAAUAAUGAGACAGCAAAAGAAAUACAUAAUACCACACACGCCAACGUGAACAAAGAUGAGUCAGUUAUAGCGAGAGAUGAUGAAUGUAAAAUCAGGAAAGUGGGAGAGACGACAGCAAAAGAAACAAACUCAAAAGAAAUAGAGGGCAUAAGACCGAUAGAUAAGGACGAUAUACUGGGAGACACAGAGGUGAAGACGGAUUCAGUAAAUGAAAAUAUGGAGACAGAAACCAGUACACCAUAUACUAGUACACCAAAUACCAGUACACCAUAUAGUGAGAAAGAUUUGCAGGUAUCUCCAACUCCACCUGCGUGUCCUCAGUGGCCAGAGUGCACAGCACACUCUCUAAAGAAUGCCUCUACAGAAAUAGUACAAGCGCUAACCACCUUCUCCCUUAAUAUGUACAAGGAACUCUCAAAGAGUGACAACCAACCAAAUAUUGUGAUAUCUCCAUUAAGUGUUGCACUUACAUUGUCACACCUCCUUCUUGGAACUGGCAGAUUAACUCGGGAUGCUAUGUUAAAAACGUUGUAUGAGGGACUGACGAAUAAUGAAUGUGUACAUGAGCUAAUUAGGAAAAUGACAAAAUAUGAGUCAUUCCUUAGUGCCUCCCAAAUCUUCUAUGCAAAAGGUUUAUCGCUAAAUCCUGAGUUUCUGGACCAAUCCAAUCGUUUCUAUGGGAGCCGUGGGAUGCCCCUAGGAGAAAAAAAUAAGAGUAACCUUAAAAUAAUUAAUAAAUGGGUAUCAGAAAAAACUAAUAACAACAUUCAAAACUUAUUGAAUGAGCUCCCCAAGGAUUUCCAGCUGCUGCUUCUAAAUGUCAUCUUCUACCAAGGAAAGUGGCUGUCUCUCUUUAAUAAAGCACACACAAGGAAGGAUAUCUUUUUCCGGUCAUCAUUAGAUCCUGUGAAAGUCUUAAUGAUGAACAGUCACAAAUAUCCCGUUCAGGUUUUCAGAGAUCGACAUCUUGAAGCACAGGUGGCACGCUUCCCACUGACACAUAACAUAAGCCUGCUCUUCUUUUUGCCAUUUUCAUCUGAUCCAAAAGCUCUUACGAAUGUAGUGGGUCGCCUGAAUCAGGAGGUUUUGCAUAUAUUGGUCCAACAACUGAUAGAGAUGCCUGCAAAACCAAUGGCUGUGUCCAUCCCUCAUCUUAAGCUGAAAUCGCAACAUAAAUUAAAUAAUGUGCUUAGUGUAAUGGGUUUUUAUGAUCUCUUCUCUUCGCCGGACCUCUGUGCUCUAUCGAACCAAACUGAUAUUGUAGUUGAUGAUGUUAUCCAACAUGCUGUUCUGGAGGUGAAGGAAGAGGGUGUCACUGCAGCAGCUGCUACGUCUAUCUCUCUUGCUCGCACAGUCUCUACUUUUAGUCUUCAGAAACCUUUCUUUUUCAUCCUAGCAAGUGACAUCAGUGGAAUGCCUCUGCUUCUUGGAAGGGUUACUGACCCCAAUAAGACAUAAGGAACACAGAACCAAGCACCAUUCACUUGGUAACAUCUAAAAUCACUAAUCUAUUCUGUGUAUUUCACCAACAUCCAAUAGAUCUAUCAAACCAACAUUCAAUAAAUGUAUUAAACCCUCCAAAACAAGACUCAUUUGUUUACAAAGCACAUUAAAUAAUGACAUUUGA